AUGGAUCACAGUGUAUCGUUAAACUUUAGCCAACUGAGCCAAGAACACAUAACGAAACUGAAGGAUGCCUUUCAGAUGAUUGAUGCUGACGGAGAUGGUAUCAUUUCAAAGACUGAUUUACAGGAGAUGCUUGCAUCUAUGGGGAAACAAAAUUCAGAUGAAGUUAUUGAACAGAUGCUGAGUAGUAAAGGUAGUUCGACAGAUGGAUUGAAUUUCCCAGAAUUUUUAUCGUUGAUGAGUGGUUUGAGUGGGGAAUUUCCUGAAGAAGAUGAACUUAAACAAUGUUUACGGAAUUUGGCUGACGAACAAGGUAGCUUAAAUGUACCUUUGGAUGAUCUGUUACAAUCCUUAAAGGAUGCAGGUUUUGCUAAUCCAGAAGAAAAGUUUGCUAAGAUUUUCAAGACAUUCGGUUCCACACAGAAGACAACAUCUACAAAGAUAUUUAAAGGAGAAAGUUUCUUAGCUACCAUAUCAGACAGUUAA